ACCUGACCACUUCACAUCACUUUUUCUCUCAUUUUCCUGCAGCUUUGGUAAAGCUCCCAGGGCUUUUUUUCCCUACUUUUCCUGUGGAACAGAGAGGCUGAGCGUGUGCCAGCAUGGCAGAAAAAGUGAACAACUUCCCUCCCCUGCCGAAGUUCAUCCCCUUGAAGCCAUGUUUCUACCAGGACUUUGACGCAGAGAUCCCACCGCAGCACCGUACCAUGGCCAAGCGGCUUUACUACCUCUGGAUGCUGAACAGCAUCACCUUGGCGGUGAAUCUCGUUGGCUGCCUCGCAUGGCUGAUUGGAGGCGGUGGAGCUGUUAAUUUUGGACUGGCAAUUCUCUGGCUCAUUCUCUUUACGCCCUGCUCCUAUGUCUGCUGGUUUAGACCUAUUUACAAAGCUUUCAAGACAGACAGUUCCUUCAGCUUCAUGGCCUUCUUCUUCACCUUCAUGGCCCAGCUGGUGAUCAGCAUUAUCCAGGCAGUGGGAAUCCCUGGCUGGGGUGUCUGUGGCUGGAUUGCAGCGAUUUCCUUCUUUGGGACCAACGUGGGGUCGGCUGUGGUGAUGCUGAUCCCCACCGUCCUGUUCACAGGGAUGGCAGUCUUCUCCUUCAUUGCUCUCACUAUGGUACAUAAGUUUUACCGAGGGAGUGGCGGGAGCUUCAGCAAAGCCCAGGAGGAGUGGACCACGGGGGCGUGGAAGAACCCCCACGUGCAGCAGGCAGCACAGAACGCAGCGAUGGGGGCGGCGCAGGGUGCCAUGAUGCAGCACGAGACACAGUACUCGGCCACCCCAAACUACACCUACUCCAACGAGAUGUGAGCAGCAGGACACUGUCCUCGGGCGAAAGAUCUGGGGGGGAAGGGAGGAGGAGGAGGAGGAAGGCUGAGCCAAGUUUCUGCAGCUAUUUGAGAAAGUCGGAGCGUACCAUAACGGUUCUUAUUUUCCUGUUCUUUGUAAUGAGAUCGUUUUGGGUUUUUUCAUUUUUUUUUUUCCCCCUGUUGUCAUCUUGAGCUCUUCUUUUCUCCUUUAUUUUUCAUUUUGAAGAGGCCAUUGAGCUGACCUGCAGGGCUCUUGUUGUGUGUGGUAGUAAGUGUAUGUUCACGUGUCUUCUUUUUCCCUGUGAAAUAGUGUAUGGUGGUGGUUUUUUAAUUACUGUGGUGAUAGGUGUACAUUAGAACUACAUGAGCCAAAAGCCCCCCACCCACCCCCAAAAGGGAAAGAUAAAAAUAGCAACCAGCACCCAUCUCCCCUCUUGGAAUAAGCCCUGAACCACAGGUUUCUGACGUGAGUUUUCUCUUUCAGUUGGUAGUGUCCAGCCACUUGCCACUGUCUCAGCAAGGGCAAGCAAUCCAGGGAAUUCUCCCUUUUCUUUUGCUUUUUAACUAGCAGGUGGCUGGCUGAUUUAGCAUUUGAAAAACAUGGAGGGGGGAAAAAAAGAAACCCUCAAUCCUGCUGUUGAUAUGCUGGAAGCCAAGAGAUUCCUAAUCUACACCCUGGCUCAGGAUCUACAACUUCUCUCAGUGCGUGGUGUUGUAAAUGAGUAGUUUACAUUUUGAUGUGGAAGACCAGUAUUUGUGCGUGACUGUGGGCAGGAGCCCCGGCGCAGUGUGUGUGCGUGCGCGUGUGCAUGUGUUGGGCGUGUUGGGGAGCAAGGACAGGUUUUCCCUGCAGGAUACAACCGUCCCAUUCCAGAUUCUGCAUCCUGAGUCAGUUUUUUAAAGGCUUCCGCUUUGAAAAGCGGCUAUAAAAUUGGCAGAGAAUUUCUCAGAGGACCUAUUCUUGGGUAAGGUUUGCCAGCCUGUAUGCAAGCACAUACAACCAGACUAUGUAAAUAGCGAGGCCAAGAUUUGUCCCUCUUAGCUUUUGAGGUGUGCACUAACUUAAGGCUCUUUAGGAAACCUCCAGGCCGGUGGGAAGGAUUCCUGCUCACUUGUGCUUCUAAAAAGCGCAGUGAAACGUGGCCAUGUAUUUUCCUGAUGCAGAAAUCCCUCCUCCUGUCAGCCCUGAAUUCCUGCCCAGUUAGGGGAGGUCGGGCUUGCAUCUUAGUGGGAGGCAGCUGAGCUCAGACUAACACCUUUUGGGCUGUGGCAACCGGGGAAGGUGACUGGUAGACCCUGGAAAAGGUGGGUUUGUAAAUGGGAGCUGAUGGAUGCUGCAGGGCAGGAGUAGGGAAAGCUCCUUCUUAGAGAUGCUUUUCAGACUCUAAAUGCACUUUAAAUAAGCCAAAUUUUUCUCCAAGUCCUAGAAAAGCAGCCCAAACAGAAUCUAAUCUGGCCCCUUGGCUCAAACAUCUCUUGCCUGCUGCAGGCAACAAGCUCAGUGUGCCAGUGCUUAUGCCCACAGCUAGCCAGAGCUGUGCGAGUCCCCAGCCCCUGGCCCUCUGGCCCCUCUAGCUGUCCGGUGAUGUUUGUCUGUGACUCCUACCCGUGAGAAUUACCCUGAAGAGGAACUUCUCCUUUCCAGCAAAGCACACCAAGAAUAGUUUCCUUUUUAAGGAUAUCACUUCAGUCACUCUGCAGUAGGCAGUCAUUUCUUGACAAGACUAAAAUGCAGCUAAUGAUAAAAUGCCUGUCUCUGUGUGUGUGUGCGUGUGUAUAUAUAUGUAUAAAAUGUAAGGAGAAAAGUAAUCCUUUGCUGAGCCUAUUAUGUACUUAAUCAGGUUUAAAUAUUGUGCAAUUCAUUUAUAGCUAGCCUAAAACUUACUAUGCCAAAUCACAUGCUCUGUCAUCCAUGUCUGAGAAAUGAUGAAUUAAGUGACUUCACCUUUUGCAUUUACAAUAAGAUGCAUAAAUAACUGUAACAAGCUAUAACAGACAUUGCUUCAGCAUCUAACCCU